AUGGCUGCCUUCAGGCACUCGCGUCCAUUCAUAGAAUCUGUCAGAAUCCGAGCAUUCAAGUCCUUUCGCGAUGAGCCGCAAGAGAUAAGGUUCACUCCUGGCUUCAACCUUAUAGCUGGGGCAAAUGGAAGUGGAAAGUCGAACAUUUUGGAUGCAAUCCACUUUGCCUUCGGCGAGGCCUAUCAUGCAUUGCGUGUGCAGUCAUUGGCCGGUCUUCAAUCGUCCGAUACGAAGGAAGGAUGUGAGAUUUCCGUAGUAACCAAACUCGACAGACAAAAGUCAAUGGGAAGCUCAAAACUCUCCGUGAACUCAAGCCUCAAGCAGUCCCAGGUCUCGGAGUUGGCGAAUGCAAACGAUGGUGCAGUGCUGUCUAGCCUCAUUUCAGGAGUGUCUGGAGCAGCGAGGUGGGAAGCCGAGGUGGAGAAGGCUGAAGAGGUUGUGUCCAGGACGGAGAGAAGUUUGCACGAAAUAAACACAAAUACGUGCUUGCUUGAAAGAGCAACAGCUGCCGAUACGGCCAAGUCCAAAGAAGCUCAUGAAAGAUGGAAGGCAAUCAAGAACCUUGAGGCAGAGAUUGAGCGGGUGCAACAAGAUCUUUUGAAGCUUGAUGGCAUUUCAGGGGAGAUGAGAGCACUGGAGAGAAAGGAAAAGCUCCUCCUUGAUUCUCGUGAACAAGCUAAGCUGGCAUUCGUUGACACUCAAGAUACCCUUGUCGCAGUGGAAGGGAAAGUGGAAGCAAAAGAGAUAGUGGUAGCACAACUUCGAAAGCUACUGAAUUCUGGCCCAACUGAUUCGGCUGGUACUUUUGCCACUUGGAGGACGAAAAUACUCUCAUCUGCUCAAGAUAUCGAGUCAAGACUGAAUGUGCUGACAAUGAAGGUUGCAAAGCUCAGAGAUGAGAAAUUAGUGAUAGAGGAGGCAAUGGAUGCCACCAGUGUGCAAGAUCUGGAGGAAAAGAUGGGAAACCUCCUUCAACACCAGAAGACCAUCAAGUGCCAGAUUACCAAUAUUGAGGGAGAUAUGCACAAGUCAAAGUGUGAGAGGGAAGUGCGGAAGGCGAAGCUGGCAGUGUUUUUGUCCAACAUAGAGAAUCUGGAAGCACAACACAGCAAGCUCCGUGAUCAAAUGCUAAGCCUCAAUUCAGAUCUGAAGAACGUACAAGGAGGAAUUGCAGAGGCAAGAGAAAGGAUAUUAGAGGUGGAGAAAGUCCUGGAAUCGGAGCUGCUGGCCAAUACAGAGGAGGAACAUUUACCAAAUUCAGAUGACAUGGACCUGGAUAACACUGAGAUACUGGAGCCUGGAGCAGAGUGGAAAGCACUUCUCUGCCGCCUUUCGAAGCUCAAACAUGCAAAGCUGUCAGACCAAGAGAGGGAUGCUUUUGGCACACGAAUAUCCACCCUGAAGAUGUUCAAGGACCGUGCAGCAUCGAUCGUGGACUCUAUGAAAGUUUUGAAGGAAGGAAUAUCACGCGCAAAGUCAAAGGUGCUAAUGGUCAACAAAGACACUUACACUCGAGUGAAGUCUUCAUUUCAGAACCUAUGCCUCCAUCUCCUUCCAAACAAGUCUGUCAAUCUCAUUCAACUUGGAGAAACAGUUGAAGAUGGCAUUAAGAUUGCCUUCUGUAACAGUCCUGCAUCUGAGGAUUCUGCACCAUCUUGGAACACAAACCUCAGUCAGCUCUCUGGUGGACAACGAACUCUCCUGAGUGUUGCACUGGUUCUGGCUAUUGCCCAGUACAGCCAAAACUUUGUGUACCUGAUGGACGAGGUGGAUGCUGCCCUUGAUGAGGAAAAUCAAAGCAGGGUUGGCGCUCUUGUGCAGAGCGAGCUUGCAAAAAAGGGGCAGGUCCUUUGUGUGAGCCACAAUCGGGCCUUUCAGACGUUUGCUGAUUCUGUGGUCCAAGUUUCCAUGGACAAUGGAUCCAAGAUCAGCUAUGCUCAGUUGGACUCAGGAAAGCGGGCAAAGCACAUGGGAAGUUGA